CUCCCAGUGGCAGGCCCUUCGAUAAAAUCAGGAACUUGUGCUGGCCCUUGCAAUGUCAAGGAAGGGGGCUCACCCAGGGCUCCUGGAGCACAGGGGGCAGGCCUGAACCCUGUGCCCGCCCCACGACCGUCCAGCCCCCGACGGGGCGCCCCAUCCCAAGGGGCUCUGCAGUGGCCCCCACCGAGGCAGGGGACCGGACUGGCUUGGAGCUCGGCUGGAUGUUACAAGCGUGCAAAAUGGAAGGGUUUCCCCUCGUUGCCCCUCAGCCGACAGAAGACCUGGUUCCCUAUGAAGCUGACCUGUACCAGCGCCCCACACACGACUACUACCCCUAUAUCAACAGCGAUGGGGAAAGCCACAGUGAUCACUAUUGGGACUUCCAUACUCACCACGUGCACAAUGAGUUCGAGAGCUUCACCGAGAACCACUUCACCGAGCUGCAGAGUGUGCAGCCCCCCCAGCUGCAGCAGCUCUACCGCCACAUGGAGCUGGAGCAGAUGCACGUCCUGGACACCCCCAUGGCACCGUCCCACGCCGGCCUCGGCCACCAGGUUUCCUACCUGCCCCGGAUGUGCCUACCCUACUCGUCCCUGUCCCCAGCCCAGCCCAGCACGGAUGAGGAGGAGGGUGAGCGGCACAGCCCGCCGCUGGAGGUGUCUGACGGGGAGGCCGAAGGCCUGGAACCAGGGCCUGGCCUCCUGCACGGGGAAACAGGCAGCAAGAAGAAGAUCCGCCUGUACCAGUUUCUACUGGACCUGCUCCGCAGCGGCGACAUGAAGGACAGCAUCUGGUGGGUGGACAAGGACAAGGGCACCUUCCAGUUCUCGUCCAAGCACAAGGAGGCGCUGGCGCACCGCUGGGGCAUCCAGAAGGGCAAUCGUAAGAAGAUGACCUACCAGAAGAUGGCCCGAGCCCUGCGCAACUAUGGCAAGACGGGCGAGGUGAAGAAGGUCAAGAAGAAGCUCACCUACCAGUUCAGCGGGGAGGUGCUGGGCCGCGGGGGCCUGGCCGAGCGCCGCCACCCACCCCACUGAGCCCACAGGCCCCAGGCCUCCCCGCCCAUAGCAUUAACCCUCGCCAGCCGGACACACAGGGACGCUGCGGGGCCAGAGGCAGGACUGUGGCGGGCCAGGCCUCGCCACCCCCCAUGCUCCUCUUCUCAGCCUCUAGGACCCGCUUCACCUCCCACCGGACU